AUGAUGGAGUUGUACACAUUUAUACUCGUGCUGCAGGGCCUUUUUGUGCUCGAUCACGCAGCUGCAGAGAAAGAGCCGUCUCAGGCUGCAGAGGCCCAGAGGAACACAGCUCUGGGUUUAGAAGAUGUGGUGAUUGUUAUCCAGAGUCAACCAAACGCCUUCCACGCUCGACGAGGAGAGAACAGAAAAAAGCAGCUGUUAAAGCAGGCUGCUCAGCUCAAUAAGGGAGCUCCUCACGUCGUUCUCCUGCAUGAGUUUUCUGACUACGAGGGCGUGUGGAGCAUCCUGCCGGCGCUUCCUCUUUUCUCCGCCUCGUUUGGCUCGGCGUCCUGGGUUUUGUUCAUCGAGGAAGAGACGGAAGUGUCACUGGGUCAACUUCUCACCGUGCUCCAGAGAUACCCGGCCUCAGAGGAGUGGUUUUUGGGCCGGCGUCUCCAUGACAGUGAAGCCUCCAUCAUCCAUCACUACGCCUUCGCCGAGGACCCCGCCGUCUUCGGUUACCCCGACCCAGCGGCAGGAUGGGCCCUCAGCACCGCUCUGCUCCACAGACUGGUGGAAAGGAUUCAUCACGAACACCUCAAAUCGGAUUUCACCAUCGACCUGAAACACGAGAUCGCCUUGUUUAUCUGGAGCGAAGGGAAGGGACCGAAACUGACCCACGUGCCAGAGUUUUGCAGAGAAGCCGAGGACCACUGUGUGACCACUUUCACCUCAUACCUCCCAGACUGUGUACAGACCAUCGCAGAUGAGAAUUCUCAGAUUCACGAGAGAAGGGGUUCUUCGAUGAAAAAUAUAUACACAAGUGUCAAGAUCUCACUGGGUGUGCAGCAGGGAGCCGCUGUGCCAAAGAAGAAUCUAUUUGUCGCGGUGAAGACGUGCCAGAAGUUUCACACGGAUCGAGUCCCCGUCGUGACGAAAACUUGGGAGAGAGACGCAGAGCUGCUGGAGUUUUACAGCGACGUCAGGGAUGAGUCCAUUCCCACCAUCAGCCUUGGAGUCCCCAACACUGACAGAGGGCACUGUGGAAAAACCUUUGCGAUCAUGAAGCGUUUCUUGACGGAGGCAGCGCCACAGACCGACUGGUUACUGAUCGUGGACGACGACACUCUCAUCAGUUUACCAAGACUGCGGCGGCUGCUGAGCUGCUACGACCACAAAGAGCCCGUGAGCCUCGGGGAGAGGUACGGUUACGGUCUGGUCCAGAGUGGAUACAGCUACCCCACCGGAGGAGCCGGGAUGGUGUUGAGUCGUGUGGCGGUGGCUCAGAUCGUCUCCAGCGGCUGCAGCUGUUACACUCUGGACGCUCCCGACGACAUGGAGCUGGGAAUGUGCCUCAAAACUCUGGACAUCCCCGUCACACACAACCCACUGUUCCACCAGGCUCGACCGGACGACUACGCGGAGGCACUUCUGUCUUCAAAGGAGGCCAUAUCCUUCCACAAACACUGGAAUAUCGACCCCAUCGCUGUUUACAACCGCUGGCUACGGGACCCAGACCUGAGAGACCAGAGGGACCCGGACCAGGCGAGGGACGAGCUGUGA